UCAGACUGUUUCCGAGAUUAUGUCAUUCUUUUCAACGAAAAUUUUAUUCGGACUUACGUCGAAUAGUUUGAACACAAUGAAUCUGAACAUUUUAUAGCUGUAAAUGGACACGUUUAGCUGGUAUGCAGGUGAAAAUGGUGCUAAUCAAAAGAAAAACAAAUCUGUUCCCCUCUGUAACCUGAGCAAUCUUCAGUUAAGAUUUUUGUGUCCAUCAGAUCUAGAAGAAGUGCGAGCCCUAUGUCGAGAUUGGUUUCCAAUUGCUUAUCCUUAUGCUUGGUACGAAGACAUCACUUCAAAUCCAAGAUUUUAUUCUUUGGCGGCCAUUUACAAUGGAGUCAUUAUCGGUCUUAUUGUUGCAGAGAUAAAAGCAUAUUGCAAUCUUAACAAGGAGGACAGAAGCAUUUUGUCUUCUAGCUAUGGGAAAUCUGCUACCGUGGCCUAUAUGCUGUCCCUGGGGGUUUGCGAGGAGCACAGGAGGAACGGGAUAGCUUCCCUACUACUGGACAACUUGGUCUCACACCUCACCCUGUCGGAGAACCGCGACUGCAAAGCUCUCUUCCUUCAUGUACUCACCAGCAAUAAACCUGCCAUCCUUUUUUAUGAAAACAGAAACUUCAAAUUACAUAGUUUCUUGCCAUAUUACUAUUCCAUUAAAGGAACAAGAAAAGAUGGAUUUACAUACGUUCUAUACCUCAACGGAGGACAUCAACCUUGGGCAGUAUAUGACUAUGUGAAGCACUAUGGCCACUUCCUGUUUAGAGGAGAUCUCUGCAGGUGGGUCCUGGUGUGGUUGAGGUCAGCGCUGGUGUGGGUCUGGCCUGGGAUGAGGAGGAUGGUCGUGGAUAACACGACUUCUCUCGUGUCGCAGUACAGCUGGGCUACCAAGAAGAAUUGGUUGAAUAGGUGGAUAUGAAUUUUUUUUAGAACAAACUUUACACAGCAGCUAUCUUUGGAAGACGUUCAUUCUCAAGCCUUUUUUAAUCUCCAAAUGAUAUACAAUAGUUUUAUUAAAUUAAUAAUAAUUAUGUUUUUGCUGUUUAAUUACUUGAUAUGAAUACACAAUUUUAAUAGAAUAAAGGUUGGCAACCAACUACAGCUCUCUCUUUAUUCCAUAUUGUUAAGCUCAUAUAAUAUUUUUUUUUUAUGUAAUAAAUAAUCAAAGAAUAUUUUUUUUAAUACUUUAAAACAACUAAACAGUGUGAAUAGUGAUUAUAACUGGGAUAAUUUAAGUUUUAUUAAUUUUUCAAACAUAUAAUUAGAAAGAAAAAAUAAAUAAAGGUCUUAUACAACCAUGUUUCUUGACGAAUCUUGUUUGAAUUUAGAAUUGUUUAUAAAAAAGUAAAGUUAUCAAUAAUGCUCCUUCUGACAUUAAAGCUUAAUUUUAUUUUAAAGGAAGGAGAUGGUCCGGAGUGGCUGUCAUAAAAAGGCUAAAUAGUGGCAAAACUAUUUUAUUAA